AUGUCACGAUCAUGGUGUACAUUUUCCUCCGCCGACGAUGCUGUGCAGUUUGAUAGUUUGCAUUUGGGGAGUUGUGCCGCAGAAAGUGGAGUUGCUGCUGCUCCUCCACGGGUAAACAGUGCGAAAGUAAAGGGUGAUAUCGCGGCCCAACACGGCAUUGCAGCCAAGGCUCUUGAGGCGGAGGUGGCGCGGGAAGUGGAGUGUUCAAUUUUACGGUUCAACGCGUCUAUUGUAUGUUCUAGAUCUAAUUUGGCAUGGUGGCCAUGCAGUAGUUGUUCUGCCGCGCGCGUUUUUUCUAACGGUACCCAACCACUUGUUGCGAAUGUUGAGGAUGAGGUCCGCUGUACGACUCCAAGAGGUCAGCCACUUGUAGGUUACCAUACCUCACACAUAUGGAAUGCGUUUCCGUCACCCGAAGCUCUUUCGAAUGUUCAGCUUCCCUCAGAUCAAAUAGUGGAUUUUCUUAAUCACAUUGUACGAACGGAGGCGCAAUCCAAAGACUACAGGACAUCGGAUAAUAUGCGACAUGUCACUCUCAUGUUAGCACCGGCGAAAACUGUUGCGAUUCAUGACAUUUUUACCGUUAUAUGUGCAAACCACCGUAUGUUGGGGCAUCUUCGUUCCCUUACAGUUUCCGGUGAGUUCGUUGAAGGUUCUUCAAUUGACGAUUUCCAGAAUUUUUUUCAUGGAGCAAAGGAGCUUGAGGUGUUGGGUUUGCCCAACACAAAGUUUGGUCGGGUUGCUGAGUCACUGCUGCCGAUGCUGAAGGAUACGAUGAUUCGCGUUCUGGAUCUUGAAGGCAAUGACUUAGGUCUGACGAAGGAUGACAGCGAUGCGUUAGCGCAACUUGUCGAAUUUAUUAAGUUUAAUAAGUUCGUUGUCGACCUGAACCUUAAUAAUAAUAACAUCAAUGGGAUAACGGCGCAGCAGCUGCUGGAAGCCCUCGUGAAGUCUGACACACGGCUCUAUCCUCAGGAUGUGCAAGAUGGGGAGGAAGAUGCUGUUGUGGACGAGGAGGAUGAUGGUGUUGGUCUUGAAUCCGUUUCCUUUUUUAUUGGCCAGGAUGAAGAAGAGGAUGAAGGGGAUGAUUUUGAAGAUGACGAGGAAGUAGAGGACCCCGUGGAGGAAGAGGGCACCGACCAAGAUGGCACACAGGAAGGUGGUUCACCACUAAUGAAAGAUGGGUCGGAUAAUGAAAAUGACGACGAGGAGGAUGAAGAGGAUGAAGGGAAUGAGGAGCAGCAGGAGGACGCGGCUGACGGGGAUGCGGAAGAGGAAGGGGAGGAGGAAGAAGAAGAGGAGGAGGAUGAAGAGGGAGAAGGGAAGCCCAAACCCCUUCCACCACAUCUAGAGAGGAAGUUCAACCGCCUAUUUCGUAGGUUAUACAAGGAGGAGAGGGAGUUACGCCGGGGUUGUGCUAAUCAAUAUGUACGUGAGGCUUCAUUGCUGAUGGAGGAGCACGCCAUCAUCCGUGAGGAAUUGGCUGAAGAAAAACGUGUUGAGAUUGACAAGUACUGCAGGCGCCGGAGCGGGUGGUCACACAUACAGGUCCUUCGUCUGCGUGGCAACCCCAUUGGGAAUAAAGGUGCUGUUGCUUUAGCCUCUGCGUUACGGCACGAGUUACAGCUUGAGGAGGAGGAGGAAGAGCGUAUCCAAAAGGAUUUGUCGAACGAUGCGGACCGACUGCUCAACAAAUUGACAGUAGAUUACAAGAGGACGCUGGUUGAGGAGUCGCGCGAGCGUGACCGGAUGCAAUCUGAGUACCUCUUGUGGUUACAAACCUUUAAGGCGUGGAUUACAGGGAACUCAAGGGCAAGUGCAGACGUCUUGGCUAUUGACGAAACAGCCACUUUUGGCGCAGCAAGUGAUUAUGGUGGGGAAUUUGACGAGGACCAGCACGGGGGGGACGAAGAACAGGAACCGGUGGUGCACGAAGAUGAUCAGCACAUACCCAGCCCGGAUGGAGAAGGGGAUGUCAAUAACAUAGAGGAGGAAAUAUCGGCGCUUCUGGAUGUUCUCGGAAAAUGGAGUAUACCCGUUACUUCACAAAAACGCUGCGUUCCUUUCCUUCGAGUACUGGACCUUGGAAGUUGCCAGAUUGGAAGCCACGGAAUGAAGCAUAUCGGAAACGUCCUCGCGGAAAAUAAGACGGUAGAGUGCCUUCUUUUGCGCCGCAAUGUCUUCGGGAGGAAGCGCGCGGCAAAGGUAGUUGAAGAUGUUGCAAGCGAUGGGGAUGAGGCAGUUGCGCCGAGUGUCGUGGAUGUGCCCAGCGGUGUUACGCCCGGUUGUUCUUCUCUCUUCGCGGCUCUUCGUCGCAAUAACACGCUUAAGGUGCUUGAUCUAGCGUACAAUGACAUGUACCCGGAAACCAUCCGCGCACUGGCUGAGAGUUUGUGUACCAACAAGACGAUUACUUCGCUUUCACUUGAGGGUAAUCGCAUUGGGUUUGUCGAGCUGUCUCAUGAAGCGGGUACGGAGGUAUUGGGGGAGGGACUACCCGAUUCAUCGGAGUGCCCGGACGUCAACCAAGAGGGUUCCAAGUCUUCCUGUUUUUUUGAACUUUUGUCUGCAGUUGCUGCUGGUAAUAUCACAACACUGUUAUUAGGUUUUAACGACCUCUCCCAGUGUUGGGGUGACGAUGAAGUCGAGGCACUGGGUAGAUUAUGCAGCCGUUUGGAUAUCCUUCAUCUUAAUGGCAAUGAAUUGGGACCAGAGCACAUUCUGAAGUGGUCCGGAGCAUCCCCGGAAGGCAACUUUGUGUUGCGGGAGUUACAGUUGUCCCGUAACAACCUGGGUGGUGCUGAAGGUGGUGGUGCACUCGGAUGCCUACUAUCUCGGUGUAAGGGAACACUGGAGAGAUUGUCGCUUGAUCAAAUACCUCUCGGGGCAGUGGGUGUAUCGGCAGCCUUUAAGUUCCUCAAGCCGUCAGGCCUCAGGUUUCUUAGUAUUAAGAAUGCCGAAGUGGCUGAUGCUAAAGCUUUCCCAGACGAAGUACUGGCGUCUCUGCAGGAACUUAUUGUGUCUGACAACCCUUUUACUGCGGGUGAGUUGCUGAAUUUCGCUGAGUUGUUGCGUUCCAAUGCCACUAGAUUAGAGCUACUCUCCUUGUGGAGCCGCAAGCUGGAAAUGGAGUCGCACCUUCCGGUGUUGGCGGAGGUUAUACGGCAAAUAAAGAGUUUGUUGUUUGUCGACCUCGGUGUGCUUUUGCGCUUCGAUGGCGCUGUAGAUGCCGAGGAUGCCCUCGGCCAACUGGAGGCCACACUCACCGCUCGCCGCAUGGAGCAUCUAACGCAGGUAGUCGCAACGGUGUAG